AUGGAUGGGUCACACAAAUUGCGACAACCACAAGAGAGGAUCGCACCACUGUCAUUUCAUCGUCACGAGGCAUACUUUGGCCUUGAUUUAAGAGCAAUGUUCAGAAAUUCACUGGGCCCACUCGUCCUUCUAAACUUAACGCUGAAUGCUCAACGCCACAAGACGAUUCUGGAAAAUGAUCUUCGACCGCAAAUAUGGGCCAAGCUGCUGAUGGGACGCCGUGUUCGACUCGCCAAUGGAGGAACGGCUCUGGUGCCAGGAUGGUUCAAAGCAAACCGUGUUCAAGUUGUGUCUGCUCCUCCCUAUAGUCCUGAUUUGAAUGUGAUCGAGAACUUAUGGGCGUUUGUGAAGUCGAAACUGAAGGGAAAACCAUUCGGAUCAAAAGUGGAGCUUUGGUACCUCAUCCGUCGAGUCUGGGCAACUAUUGGACCCCAAAUUCUACGUGAUCUGGCUGACAGCAUGCCAAGGAGAAUUCAAGCAGUAAUUGCGGUUCGUGGAGGACCUACUAAGUAU